AUGAAUUCCGAAACCCCAGGCAAACAUCUUCCCUCCCUGGCCCCAGGGCCCCGCGGCCCUGUUGCAACUGGUUCAACCACAUUGGCUAAGUCGAGGAAGAACUCGACCGCAUGUUUGCCAUGCAAGCAGGCAAAGCGAAAGUGCAGCGGACGCCCGCCACCUUGCAAAGCAUGCCAAAACACCGGGGGAUGCAUAUUCGAUGAGACGCUCGACCUUAGGCGGAAGGUCGCUGCGAGGCGCACCCAAGGGGAGCUAGAGUACUACCGAGGCCUGCUAUACUCGCUUCUCGAGACGCUUCGAUCCUCAGACGAAGAAAAAGCGCGGCAGAUGUUGGAAAAGAUCCGUGGGAAUGCUCAAUUGAAUGACCUCGUCACUGUUAUUGACGCAUCAGUCACUGACUUCAGUGAUGCAAGUUCAGAGCACUCUAAAAGCGUCGGACCCGCGGAAGAUAUCCCAUCACAGCACGAGCGCCCAGUCGUCGAUGCCCACUUGCGGAUAACAGUGGAGAAGCUAUGUGAUAGUCCCUUGUUUCAAGUACCUUCCGGACCUUGGACAGCUGUGACUAAGGAUGACCAUAUCGUUUCGCACCUAAUAUCGCUAUACUUCACUUGGGACCAUCCAUUAUUGCAGGUCUUGGAUCAAGAGAUGUUCCUGGAACAUAUGUCUACCAAAGAAACCGACCCGAAUUGCUGCACCUCGCUGCUUGUUAAUAGUAUAUUAGCGGUGGCAAGUAUAUAUUCCGACUUUCCAGAGGUUUUCGCUAUACCUGACGAUGAGACGUCACGGGGAGAGCAUUUUUAUGCGGAAGCAGAGCGAUUGUGGAACGCGGAGGAAGGCCGCGCUUCUCUGGCCAAUAUUCAAGCUGUGGCCCUAAUGAGUCGUUUUUUGAAAUUCCGAGGUAAAGACGAUUUGAGCUGGCUGAUGCUCAGGCAAGCUGUACAGCUCGCACAGGACUUCGGCAUGUUCGCGUCUCCGAGGACGAGACACCGCCAGUGGGAGAAGAUGUCUCUUAGACUGCAGCAUGCCUGUGCAAUCACUGCUUGGGGUCUCUUUAUCUUGAACUCGCAAAUGUCCUUGCAUAGUCGCAAGAUUGCAGAGUUGAAGCCACCGAAAUACAAGCCUUAUCCCCAAACUGCACUCGAUGAUAAAAUCAUGUGGACACCGUAUCCUCGCUUCAAUGAAGUCGACCACAUUAAAAAACCGGCAUAUCUACGAUUUGUCAUGACCAAAUUGAUCGAUUUGACCGAAAUUGUCGCGGACAUACCGGAUCUGCUGUUCGACAAAGGGAUUGACAUGGCAAUUGGCGAAUUGUGGAUAGCGGCAAAUAAGAAAUGCGUUCGCUUGCAACGAUGGCUUGACAGUCUUCCGAACGACAUCGAAAACGACGAUGAGAAACCGCCACAGAUCUUAUACCUGUAG